CAACCUUCAGGUCCAAGGUGAUGAGUUACAGGUGUGCACCACCAAAUGUAUCUUAAUAUAUCCCUUACAUGAUGACGACAUUGGUGGCAAGGUGUUACAUAUGUCUUACGAUUAUUAUGACGAUCUCUCUCAGGAGUCUACAGCAUCACUAUUCCCAUCAGAAUGACCGCCACCACCCAUCUACCCAGCUCCCUCUUCUCUCUGAAACCACAGUCCAACUGGAACUCCACUGCUUGGGAUUCGCCGUUGAUCACCAACAGCACGGAGGAGCCGUCAGAAAUCUACAAACUCAAGUACGUGUAUAUAACCGUCUACACCAUCAUCUUCGUCCUGGGCAGCGUCGGCAACUUCUUGGUCAUCUGGAUCCUGGGCUUCAAGAUGAAGCGCACGGUGGUGACCCUCUUCUUCCUGCACCUGUCCAUCGCCGACUUCAUCUUUAUGCUGCAGAUCCCAGUGGCCAUUGCCCCCAUCGCUAUGGACUCGCACUGGGCGAUGGGCACGGCCAUGUGCAAGCUGAUCUCGUUCGGUAACUUCGUGAACAUGAACGCCAGCGUCUACUUCUUGACGCUCAUCAGCCUCGACCGCUACGCCGCUCUGCUGCACCCCGUGUCCUCGCUGCCCCUGCGUCGCCUGCGCGUGGCCCGGUGGCUCUGCCUGGCCGUGUGGCUCCUCGCCCUGCUGCUGAGCCUCCCGUCUCUCAUCUUCCGCGCGACGAUUGAGGCCAGCGGCGCCAUAAUCUGCUACAAUGGCUACGGUGACAGCUUCGAAGAGCAGACGUGGAACAUCACGGCCGUGAACAUCUGUCGGGUAGUCCUGGGCUUCGCCAUUCCUUACGCCGUCAUGAUCUUCUGCUACUGUCGCAUCGGGGCGAGGCUGCAGCACGUAGACAAGACGCGUCGCGGCAACUCGCUCAGAAUCAUCGUGGUCGUGGUCGUGGUCUUCGUCGUCUGCUGGGCGCCGUACCACGCCAUCGGACUGCUGGAAGCCGCCUCCUUCAUUAAGCACGAUUUUGAGAUGUUUGAGACGUCACAAAAAGCCAUUCCUGUGGUGGCGGGUCUAAUGUCCUUCAACAGCUGCAUCAACCCGAUCCUCUACGUGUUCAGCGGCUCGCAUCUCAAAACCCAGUUCAGGCGCUCGCUCGUCGCUGCCAUCGAGAACGCGUUCAGAGACCACGAGCCGUUGGAUUCGGGGCAGGACAGCGGGAGUGGACUCAGGGCGCAGUCGCGGGAUGUCAUCAACCUCAGCAUCAAGCUCAGCAGCAACACCAGUGGCAACCUGGAGGGCAGCCACGGUGACGUGGCGACCGUUGCCGUGGUGCAUGAGGAGCAGGUGUAGGGGUGGCCACGGGGAGGAGGACGCGACACGCGCCCGUGGAGAGGAGGGAAGAGUGGGCGAGCGGUGCAUGGGGUGGCGGAGUGGAGAGGCGGAGUGGGGGAAGAGUGGUAGGGCAGGGGACUGAUGGAGCGAAGGUGAGAAGAGAUGAUAGGAGCGGACGAGAGAAAGCGGAGAGACGAGAAGAGAAACGCGUCUUCUGGGCCUGGCCGAGGUGGCUCCACUUGCUGAGGCUUGCUUCGCAGCAGCCGGCACCUGUCCAAAAGUGUUUCAGCCAUCGCCGGAUGAUUGCCUGUGGUUCUUCUGAGCCCUGUGAAAAAAGACGAGAGAUACCUAAGUGACAGCAACGAUGAGGAGAUUGUAGGCGAAGAGAGGG